ACCUGUCAGACGAACACCACAGAAGAAGAAAGCAGAACGUGCUGCUGGAGGUCAGAGGAUAGACGAGAAGACUUUCUCAGUAUCUGUAAAAAAAAAUCUGCAUUUUCACGUUUAAAACUCAGUGAGGAUUUAACAUUCACAUCAACAGGACACUGUCUACUGCUGUGAGUGAAUCCAGCAGCUCGUCGUCGACCAGUCUCUCUUGGAUUUUGAGUAUUACGACAUAGCUAGCUAGUGCUUGCUAACGGCUAGCAGCUCCGGUGUUCACCAGGUGAACCUCGGAUCUCCUCACUUUACAGCCAUGGACAACUCGCAAGGGUCGGGAGGAAUGAAAGGAGGUGUCGGGGGUCUCUUUGGAGGAGGUGAAUACUCCAACACAGAGCUCGCCGGUGUUCCCUUGACUGGAAUGAGUCCUUUGUCUCCUUACCUCAAUGUCGACCCUCGGUACCUUGUUCAGGACACAGAUGAGUUUAUUCUGCCCACCGGUGCCAAUAAAACAAGAGGGAGGUUUGAACUGGCUUUCUUUACAAUUGGAGGCUCCUGCAUUAUUGGAGCAGCAUUUGGGGCUGUAAAUGGUCUCAGGGUGAGCCUGAAGGAGACUAGAGACCUGGGAUGGUCCAAACCUCGUAAUGUGCAGAUCCUCAACAUGGUGACCAGACAGGGGGCUUCAUGGGCCAACUCUCUGGGCUCUGUUGCCUUGUUAUAUAGUGUUUUUGGCGUGGCGAUAGAGAAGGCCAGAGGAGCAGAAGACGACAUCAACACGGUGACCGCUGGGAUGCUAACUGGGAUGCUCUUUAAAUCCGGCAGUGGAUUGAGAGGUGUAGCCAGAGGAGGCCUGGCUGGUUUAGCCUUAUCUGGUGCCUACGCUCUCUACAGCAACUGGGACCACCUCAAAGGCUCCUCCCCCUCCCCGUCCUCCAGGCUGUACUAACCCUCUCCCACACAGAUCUGCUUUACAUUAGGGCCAAAUAUCUCUCCAGGACACAGCCUUUCACCACAGCGCUAAGAGGAAUUACACUCUGGUCAAAUGCAGUGUGCUUUUCAGGGAAGUGUGGGCUCUUCCCAGUACUCUGGUUCACUUUCCUUUCCAGGACCAUUCUGGGAAACAAAGGAUGUGGUUGAAAAGAAAAGGAAGAUUGGACUAAACUCCGCUGGGAAUCGAGAUGUAGACCGUCCUAUAACACCCCUCUCUCUUCAUUUAUCUGUGGGAUUCCUGUCGCUGAUCUGAUUAGUCAUAAGAAAGGUUUUUUAUAGAAGUGUGUCAUUUGUUAUAUUAUUGUUUAUGUGAGACUUAUAAGUCUUCUUUGAUGCUAGUUUUGAAAUCAAUUAACCUGUGAUAUAUGGGUUAAAUAAGCCAAAGGGUGACACCUGGUGUGUGUGGUUCACCUGAUGAACGACAGCAUGUUCUGAUUCUGGACUGAAAGACUCUUCUAGACGAGCAAAGAGAUUUUCAUUUACGAUGUACAAACACAAGAACGAAGCCUUAAGGUCAGUUCUCAAUACUGUUGUAUUUAUUGAAGCGUAUAUGCAGUGGUUCCUGUUUUACUGUGCAAGAAGAAAUCACUGUAAAGCUGUUGGUGUCUCAUCACACUCGCUGUAUUAAAAACUAUAUUAAAAAAAUGUUGACAAAGA